GUACAUAAAAAUAUGUAUGAAGUCUUCUUUAGACCGAUAUCAUAACAGCGGUGAUUUCGCCCACAGCUGCAAUCAUUGCAAACGCUGAUUGGCCAAUCUUUCAGCCAACCACGCCCCCAGAGUCCUCUCCGUCCCUCUGAUUGAUCUCUUCCACCGUCAGUCACUCCGUAUAUGAGUUCGCCUCUCCCCCUCCGCCUCCUCACCCAGCAGGUUGGGUUGAGAGGUCGGCUAGGGGACCGUGGACAGCUCCCGUCUGAGGAGCAGAGCAACACAGGAGGAGGAGAGGGCUGGAUAUGGGGGAGCCACCGCACAGGCCCGUAUGAUCGAGAUAAAAACACUUUUUACAAAGAGAGCGAGCUGGAGAGGCCUUAAGGAGGACCGGGGGGGAAACACACCGAGGGAGUGGAGGAAACACGGGGACACGGCUACUGACCCAUCCCGGCGCAUCACGGGAGAAGCGGCGAGAGAAAGGAGGAGAAGAAGGAGAGAUAAUUCCGCUCGACCUGAUGGACUGAGAGGACAGAUGAAUGAAGACUGCCUACACUAACGCCUAUAGAUGCCUGGCCAAGGACCUGGACGCUUACGCCAUGAACACGGACAUGACAAUGGACGGCAUCGGCAGCCUGCAUGGCGGGGUGGCGGUGAGCUCCGUGGCCCCUGAUGCGGAGCUGAUGAGCGGCCACAGCCCGCACCACGGCCGCGGAGGCUCGUCGGGACCCGGAGCGGCGGCGGCGGCUGCGGCGGCGGCGGCGUCCACCCUGCGGAUACACCAGGACCUGGCGGCCGCCGCCGCGUCCUCCCGCUCGGCCAUGGUGUCCGGCAUGGCCACGAUCCUUGACGGUAGCGGGGAGUACCGGCCGGAGCUGUCCCUGCCGCUGCACCACGCCAUGAGCGUGCCCUGCGACACCUCCUCUCCCGGGAUGGGGAUGAGCGGCACCUACACCACGCUCACACCGCUGCAGCCGCUGCCCCCCAUCUCCACCGUGUCCGACAAGUUCCACCACCACCACCACCACCAUCACCACCACCAGCGGCUCUCCGGGAACGUGAGCGGGAGCUUCACCCUGAUGCGCGACGAGCGGGGACUGCCGGGGAUGAACAACAUUUACAGCCCCUACCACAAGGACCACAUGUCCGGGAUGGGUCAGAACCUCUCUCCGGUGCUGGGCAACGGCCUGGGCUCCAUCCACAACACCCAACAGGGUCUCCACAAUUACGGCACCACGACGCACGGGAGCCACGACAAGAUGCUGAACUUCGACCACACAGCCUCUAUGCUGGCCAGAGGGGACCACCACCACCAGCACCGAGGCCUCGGCGCCCCGGCUGGCGGGAUGAUGCCGCACCUGAACGGAAUGCACCACCCGGGGCACCCGGCCGUUUCCUCGGCGGGCCACCACCCCCACUCUCACCCCCACCUCCAGUCUCCAUCCCACGGGCCCGUGUUGGCCUCCACCCGGGAAAGAACGCCCUCCUCCUCGGGGACGCAGGGGGGGAACAGCUCGGGACAGCUGGAAGAAAUCAACACUAAGGAGGUUGCGCAGAGGAUCACGGCGGAGCUCAAGAGGUACAGCAUCCCCCAGGCCAUCUUCGCCCAGAGGGUGCUGUGCCGCUCCCAGGGGACCCUGUCGGACCUGCUGAGGAACCCCAAACCCUGGAGUAAACUAAAGUCAGGCCGGGAGACCUUCAGGAGGAUGUGGAAGUGGCUGCAGGAGCCCGAGUUUCAGAGAAUGUCGGCGCUCAGACUGGCAGCGUGCAAGAGGAAGGAGCAGGACACGUCGAAGGACCGCAACAAUACGCCAAAGAAGUCGCGGCUGGUCUUUACCGACCUGCAGCGGCGCACCCUGCUGGCCAUCUUCAAGGAGAACAAGCGACCGUCCAAAGAGAUGCAGCUCACUAUCUCGCAGCAGCUGGGCCUCGAACUCACCACCGUCAGCAACUUCUUCAUGAACGCCCGCCGCCGGAGCCUGGACAAAUGGACAGACGACGGAGCCAGCCCUGGCGCCCAAUCUUCAGCGUCCAGCACUUGUACCAAAGCGUGAUAAUAGAGAGUGAGGAGGGGAACGGGGAGUCGGGGAGAGGGUGGGAGUUUUGGGGAGGGAUGGAGGGCGCGGGUUGAGGUUUCGUCCAGUUGAAGCGUGGAGGAAAACCAAACUUUUUACAUUAUUUUUUUGUUUGUCUGGUUUUGUUUUGUUUUUGGUUUUUUUGUUGCUUUUGUCGAGAGUGACAAACUGAGAGAGGGGCUGCUCACUGCCACGACUUGUUUUAGCCAAACCGCCUUUUGCAAAUUCAUCAUACAUCCAUUAAGAAGCUGAAGGGUAAAUUAAUCUUUAAAACAUUCAAACCUCACUGACGUUCACUGCUGAUGUCUCCUUUAGGACAAUAAGAUGACACGCUAGCCCAAAUACCAAAGACGAGAAGACGAUGCGUGUUUUCUAUUAUGCAAUAUAAGCUAGAAACCAACCAAACAGGAGUGCAAGGAAAGCUUUAAGACCACAGAAUGUGAUAGAAGCUCGGGGAUAAGCAAGAGUUGUGUGGAAAUUUUGUGGUAUUUCAAAUCUCAAAUGUCCAAAGCCGACACAUCAGUUCACGAAAGAAUCCUAAUUUAGAAGCUGGGUUUCAGAAACUGCACAAUCAAGGUUUAUUAUUCAUCUUGAAAACAGAAGGUAGUUUUUUCUUCACAGACAGUGAAGACAGUUUCUAGACAGUUUUAUCCAAAAUAACAUAAAUAGUUACUCCAGUUCAGUGUUCUGCUGAUAAGAAUGUAUCACUUUAUCUGAUAUACAACAGCAUUUUCAGGAGAAAACAAAGUCUAAGAAAUUUACAAAAACCUCACAAUUUUACCUGUAGGUUGUGACUUAAGUCUUAAAAAAAGUUUAAAUUUUUUCUUCAUUCAUUUCAGGAUUUCUUAUUUGUUAUAAAAUUCUUGAUGUUCUUUUCUUCCUUAAACAUUUUGAGGGGUUUUUUUUCCUGUAAAUUUCCUGUAAAUUUCUCACUAAAAAUCAAGUUAAUUUAGCCCUUUUUUUUGUAAAUUUCCAACUCGUAUCCCUCAAAAUUCAGAUUCAGCCUUCAAUAGCUCAAAGAGCCUUUAAUGUUAUUUUCAGGAAGAUUUUUUUGGCUGAGCAGUCGCUGUUUUUAUCACAAAUGAGGAGUUGAUUUCUAAAAUGUUCUAUACCAAUUUUGAUGUGAAAAUAGAAAGCCGAUCCCUUAAAUGCAUGCGAUCAAAGUAGACUUAUAUUUUGACUGAAAAUAACCAACUCUUGUUUAUAAAAUGACAAAAUUUCCAUUGCUUUUAGGAUAAAACUCAACAUGUAAAGAUUUGGCUCUUUAAAGUGGAAAGUGAGGAUUUUUUUUUUCUUUUUAAGUUAGGAAAUGGCAAAAUAUGCAAGCACAAACACACACACACACACACACACACACACACACUCACCAAGGCACAUGCAACUUCCUCAUAAUUCGAGCCAACUACAAGCUUUCUCAGCAUAUUUAGCGUUUGAUGGAGUAUUAGUGUAUAAUAUAUGAAUAUAUAUGAUGUACGUGAGCACAAUCUUGAAGCACAUUUUCUUUGCAAUAGAACCGGGGCUCUCUGCCAAGCCAAGUGGUCGUCACAUCUUAGAAAACUCAGGAUGCCAUUUUUUUUAAACAGCAGCUGAAAUCCAUUCAGCGUCUGUUGUCACAUAAUGUACUGUACGAAUGUACAAAGACACAUGCAGACACACAAACAGAUUUCAGACACACACACACACACACACACACACACACACACCUUUAAAGAGUCAUUUCCCAAUCGCUUCCCUGAAUUCACAGCCAAACCAAAGCUAAGCUCCAGUUUACCCUUGCUUCACCCACCCAUCACUUCUGUUACCAUAAAUUCAUCCAUUAGGGCAGUGCACUCCACAAAGCAUCUUAGCAUUAAUACCACCUUUGUUUGCAAAGAAAAAGGAGGUUUCCAAACAAUGAAAGUUAGACUAGAGCUGAAAUUUAUAACCAUCUGACCAAAAUCUGUGAUCCUCAAGGUGGUGAACUAAAAGUAGGAUGGGGAUUUGAAGGUCAAAUGAUAAUUUUAGCCUGGAUUUACAAAGACAAAAGAUAAUAUCUUUGGCUGAUCAUUAUUUAGAUGGAUCUCAAAUCUGUUCAAACUUAUCAAGUCUUCUUACUGGGCACUGGAAACCCAUCAAGCAGCACUUGUUUUUCCAAAAUGGUUUUGUUUCACAUAGUUCAAUAUUAUUCACAUUAAAUCUAAGACAAUGAAUUAGUCACCACAAGGACCCUGCAAACAUCUUGGCAUUAAAUAACCAUCAGCUAACCUUUUCUCACCAUCUAGUUGCAUCUAUUCUGUUGCACUAGAGUUAAUUUCUUAUUGAACAAACACUAAGCAGAUGACAUUUAGGUUUAUAAUCUUGACAUUAUCCCCAAUUUAGACUGGAAAGAUGCCACAAAAAUGCUCCUACAUUGGUUUCUUUAGACCCUUAAGUCAAAAUUUGUGAAAAAAGCACAAUUAUUGGGAAAACAAGGCUAUGUUAUGUUGAGAGUGAUUCCUACGGGUCUUUUUUAGUCAACCACAACAAAUAUUGAAACCAAACCUUUAACUUUUUUAAGAAUAAAGAAUGUUCUGGAUUGAAAAGCUUUUGGUAUAAAUCUAGUUUUAAGCCAAGAUGCUUUUUGGAAAGCUUUGAUCCGCCCACACUGCUACCACAGGUAAACAAACCAAAACCUUCCACUGCAUCAACACAUCCGCAGAACCAGUUAACCAUCUGAGCCCAAGAAGGACAAACUGUCCAGGCGAAUCAGGGCCUUUGUAAUAGUUAAAGAGGACAAUCUAAAGACGAUGCCUGGCUAGUCUGUCUCUUCCAGAGGGUCAGCGGGUUGGAAAAGAGCAUUUGCUGCAAACAAAUGAUCUCUGCUAAAUGUGUACAUCAAAUUGUGCUGAUUUAUUAAGAUAAGCAAAAUCCACUUGCUUAAAAUUGUCGACUUGGAAAGAUCAGCUGUAAUGCAAUGCAAGUUUGAGGACAACACUCAAAAAAUUAGUUUAUUUGUAGUGUAGGAAAGUUGGAUGCUUGGUAAAAGGGAUGGACAGUCAACAGACAGAUGGGCUGUGACACAAAAACUAGACUCUUCUGCCAAUAUUUGUGACUGUCUUUGUGUCCAAGCAUCCAUAGCUACCAAAUCCUCCAAUACCCAUUGAUUUGAAGCUUUUACUGUCACACUUUACAGCCUUUACACAUGAUGUAAAUACUAACAAACCCACAAAACCUCAAGCACCAUCGCCUCCAGCUCAGUUUUGGCAGCCUUUACCAUUUGCAGUCACUUCAUCAAUCAUCUUUCACUCAAGCUAUCAAACCAAAAAAACAAAGGAAACCAAACCAAAGGAAACGCGCCAGUCAGCAGCCCCUGCUCCUUAGAAACCCCAGGCUGAGUCUUGGCCUGGUUAGAGGCAAGCCAAAGGCUUUAAGAACGAUUUAACAUUUAAAAAAAAAAAAAAAAAAAAAAAAGGACACUUAAGACUUUUUCUAUUUAUUGACAAAUCGAAACCAAAGAAAACUUUUUUUCUGCACCUAACUGUUCCAACAAAUGGGAAAAAACUGAUGAUGGAAGAGAAUUAUUACCAAAAAAAAGAAAAAAAGAAAAACAAAAAAGAGUGGCGCUGACAACGUCGAGGAUGGAGGACAACGAUGACAAGGGAGGAUAUGAGGAAGGAUGACACCACGAGAAUGGAGAAGUAGCUUUGUUCUGCCUGAUAUUAAGUCAGGCAAUCUUUAAGGGGAAGCAAGUUGGGGACUGAAAAAGGGUAAAACCACAUGGGAAGGAGGGAAGGAACGAACGGAGGACACCGUUGACCAUUUUCUUCCCUUCGAUCCACCCAAAAAAAGGCAGAACAUUAAUGUGUCUCUCACGGUUGAAGAGUGUCUUUAACGUGUGCCUAUGCAGUUUUUCAAAGUAAAAAAAAGGUUAAAAGAACAACAGAAACCUCAUCAGCUAACAAACCAAAGAUUCACCGUUAACUCCAGUAGCAGUUCUCCCCCCCCCCCCCCAAAAAGGGAAAAUCCCCAUUUUAGUUAACCAGCAUGAACACACCUGCAGCAUAAGUACUGUUGAUAGUGGUGUGUUGUUUUUUAUUAUUAUUGUUGAUCACCUGUUAUACAUUAAACAUUAAAGGUUAGCUUAAAGGCUAAUCCAGCUUGUUCAUGGGUUGACUUUAAAGCAAGUAGUAUUACCUUCAGUCUAAUUUUAUUAAAACCAACAAAUUCAGUCAACAUGUUUCAUUCAAAGAACUCACUUUGAUUAUAAGUUAGCUAGCUGGCUUAUACACUAUUCUAGAUUCUUGUAUUGGCUGAUAUAGCUUGUGUUUUAAAACCAUUUGGAUUUUCAGCAACCAUUUAGCUUUAUUAAAACCAACAACCUUAGCCAACAUUUUUCUUUUGAAAACUGUACUUUGAUUGCAAGUUAUCUAGCUAGCUUAUCAGAUAGUUUUUAAGCUGUUCUGGACGUUAGCAUAAAGGCCAUCCCAAAGCCUUGUUUAUCAUUUGAUUUUAAAACUAGUAGCAUUUCCUUUAUGCAGUUAGCUAACAAACUUACCCAACAUCUCUCUUUUACAUAACCCAGUUUGACUGUAAGCUAGCUACCUAUCUGCUUCUAAGCUUUUAAGGUCAUGAGCUUGCAAAUAGAUAAUUUUAUUUUCCUGUGGAUCAUUUACCCCAAACUUACAGCUUUUACUUUUAUUGGUUGUUCCUUCAGCAUGGCAUCAAUGUAGCCAUCAUUACCUGCAAACUUUACCACCAGACCACACCACACAUAAAAGCAAUCUUCUGCUGCACACCGAGGGAGAAAUACUUGAGUAUUUGGAAAAUUCAAAAGCUUCUCCCUUUUAGCUUUUCACACAGGUCAAAGUCUACCUCCAACUCCAAUAGGACAACAUAUUUGAGCUUGGUGAAUUAGCAUUAAGAAAUGACAUCAGCUAGUUGUUGUUAUGCUUGCACCCAGUUUUAAAUAUUCUAGCUAGUUGCUGUUGUCUAGCACACUUUCUGCUAUGGAAAGAAUGACAGCGGUAGUGCUAUUUGAACUGUACAGUGCAUACCAAAGAUUUUUUGCUGUACUAACAGUAGCACACUGUCACUUUUCAGUCAGUUUCUUUUAUGCUAAGUCUAACUUUGUACUUUUCAACCCAGACCCAGCUAAAACUCUGUUAAACAAGAAAAAGCUGCAUGCUGUUUAAGAUCAGAUUUGGACCACUUACAAACCUGUACAAUAAUCUAUUCUAUCAUACAGUAUAUAACUAUAAUUACUGUAACCCUGAAGUGAAUUUCGGCUGACAGACUAAAGCACGGCUGGCUAGGGUUAAAAAGUUUUUAAAGUUGGAUAGAAGGUUUCUGUAAAAAAAUGUAACCCAACUUGCCAUGCUGUAGGAGAAACCUAAAAAUCCCCUUUCUGUAGCAAAGAAAGCUCAUGUUAGCUUGUUCCUUGGGGGGAAGAACUAUGCUGCUGAUCCGUGAAUACAACAACAAUAAAUAAAACCAAACCAAAAAAGACCAAGUCGACAUCUGCUGAGAGAAACUGCUAAAAUAUCGGUCAAAUAGCUUUAUCCUUAGUUUUCUCUCUGUCUUUCUGUAUGUAAAGCUUCUAGUCCAAAGAAAUCCUCCACCCACCUGGCUGUCCCGUCCUGCUAACAGCGCCCAAGGAGGGGGCGUGACUUACAGUUCAGGGGGUGGUGGCCAUUUUCCAUUCCUAGUUGCAGUUCUGUCUGGAUUUAAUACAGGCUAAACCUGCCAAACUAACAAAAGAUAAAUGAAAAUGAAAUAGGAAGGGUAUGAAACCAAAAAACAGUCCCAAAGAGGUUUUCAUUGCUUGUUUUUAAGUACUUAAAAAUUAUUUGCCAAAUUUACUACUACUGUAUUCCUUCUUAGUUUUUUUUUUUUUUUUGCAAUAUGCGAGUUUUUAUUUAAUGUAAUUUAUAUUUUUAAUUGUGAAUUAAUUUAAGCGAACAAAUUUUUGUUGCCAAAUCUCCCUCUUAACCCUUUUACCCUUGAUGAUUAGCUUUGCCAAAGUUUACACUGUAUUUUUCUUUUCCUUUCUGUUCGAUGCUGUAUUUAUUUAUGAGGUGUUUUAGAACACGCUAGUUUUGUACUUUUUAAUAAUUUAAUGUUAUUUAAUUAGAUGUAAUUGUUUUUUGAUGAAUAUUUAUGAGUAUUUAAGAAUGUUAGGUGCAUCAAAGAUGCAGUGCGUUUGCCAGGCCUGUUAAUUUAUUCUUAGCUAGCUUUACUUUUAAAAGCAAAUGAGAUGUUGUGUUAUGAAUGUUUAGACUUAAUGACAGAACAAUGUAGAAAUGUCAGAUUAGACUUGCGUACUUCUGAAUGUGAACACUUGCUCUCACUCUUUAGCUAAUUUAUUUUUUUUGUUCGUUUGUUUGUUUUGUUUUUGUCCUGGUAAUGAUUUUUUUAUUUUUUGAAAUGAAAACAAUCUCUUUAUGACAAAUAUUAGCCUACCGAAUGAUGAGCACUGCAUCUGUUUUUCCUUUUCUUCCCUGCGAUUUUUGUGCUUAACUUUGUUAAUUUGUUUGCAUCCUGCUGACCAUUGUUGAACAAGCAAUGAAUCUGAGACUGAUGUUCUACUGACACUUGAUCAGGUGAAGUGAAGGGCCACAUGUUGAUAUGAACUGACUCGCCAAAGAUAACUGGAGUCCUUGAGAGGCCAAUAAACUGUGUGUGUUUACAUCCACGCAGCUCACACCCUGGUAAAGCUCGUAUUCGUAUAACCACAUGUACACUUCUUCAAAAGCAUAUUUGAGGCUGAUUAGUGACUUUGUCACAUUUUUAAUUCAGCGAAACAAAAAGAAUUUUUAAGAAAUGGACUAAAUAAAGAAAAUUUUUAUUUACUUUUACAGCUUUAGAACAUAAUGUCAGAUGUUUACCAGAUAUUUGUUUUAUAGGGCACCUGUAUAUUGUACAUAAAACAUGGAUGUAGCCACAUUUUAAAGCCUCACCUUUUGAUUGUUACCAUCUUGGUUUUAUGAAACAAAACAUCACGUGAAAGGUAGGUCAGAGAAAGUAAAAGCAUACUAUACUUUAUUGUCUCUUUUGCUUUAAAUGGGACCAUAAUUUAUUAAAAGUAACAUUGAUAUAUCUUUAAGAAGACUUAAACUAAGACCAUAAACCUAUCAGAAAGGUUUGGGGCUUUUUUACCAUGGUUGUAAAUACUGUGAGAAAUGGGGUCCUUUUCUUACAGACGUAAAUGCAACUUGACUUCUUUUUGCAACCAGAGCAGCCAACCUCUGCUGACUAUUAUAAAGAAAGCAUGUUUAAGACAGUUAUACACUGGCUUCACUUUCCAGGGUAACAUCAAAGGCUACGUCCAUCUUUUAUACACAGUAUAUGUGUGAGCGUCAGAUUUUUUUUAGAAGUAUUUUACUGUCAAAAAGUUGAUUCUUUUUUCUCAAGAAAUUAAACCAUAUUCUCAAGCAUGUCCUCUUCAAGAGUCUACAAACUUAAACCGUGUCCUUCCACAGGUACUAUAAACAGGAUGUGAAAUAACUGCUGUUAUCAGGAUUUCAAUGUGUGUGACUGCGUGAAUGCCAACACACCAACUUGUUUCGCUUAUUACAAAGGAAAAAUGAGGAGUCCCUUAAAGCUAGCUGCUUCCAAGACUGACUUUGUCUGUUGUGUGUAAAAAGAAAAAAAAACCUUUCUAUUUCAAUAGUGAGAACCAGAGAGGCUACCUCACUGACUUUCCAUUUGUCCUUUUAAUCGUGUUGAUGAAACCAAAGAAACCAAAGAUUUGUUUCCUCUUCGGUACGGUCUGCGCUCAGCUCCAUGCUUUUGUACUUUCUGUUCUGUUUAAUAAUCCCACAGAUUCUUCAUUUUCUUGUCUCUCUUAUUCUUACUUUCUCUUUCUCACAUUUCCAUGUUUCUCUUUUAGCUCCACUUGGCCUCUUAUCCUCAAAAAGUGCAAAGAAGGUGAAAAGGCAGACUUUGUGUAGGCUCCGGCUGUAUGCAGAAUAUCAGGGCUUUAUCAGUUGUAGGGGUAUUUGCCUUCAACUAAGUCAUUUGAACAUUUCAUGCGAUGAGCUUCGAAGUUUUAAUUUCAAAUUCAGAAAUACACGCAACUGAAGAUCAAAAGGAGCCCCAUGAUUUAAUGUAAAAAUUAGCACCUGUUAGAAAUAUUUUACAGCUGAAUGUAGUUGGUAAAUUAACUGCUGGUAAAUAAAAAGGCCCCAGUAUAACUUAAAUUAUAAGUAAGGUCUUAAAAAAUGUAAAAAUUCAAUGUGAUGUGAUAAUAUAAAAAAAUCUGUUGUUGUACAGUUCCUCUACUCAUAUUUUGGUUAAUUGGCCUAAAAAUAAGGAAAAAAUAAUAAACAAAGCUAAAACUUAACUGAUAGUGUUUGUCUUUUCUAAUUAAUCUACUGCAACAUUAAUAUUAAGAGUCACUGUGCUAAAAUUAGAUUUUGCUAAGGCCCGUUUCAACUUGACUGUAUGACGUACGAAGUAAGGCUUUUACAUUGAGACACAAAAGUAAAAACUACCAAAACUUAUACAAGAGCGGCUGCAGUAUUAACAAAAAUAGUUCUUUAAACAAGUCCCGACACCUUGUGUAUGAGAUGUUUUCUGUUCAGACACCCGCGUCUUGUUUAUUCAUCAUCAGUACUGUGUUUGAGCAGGAAGAAGCCAAAUGAACUACUUCCAGGAUGUGUCAAAAUGACUCAGUCAUGUCCAUUAUGAUAGUGAUAAAAGCCAGUUAGACUAAUUUUACUUAUACAAAAAAAUAUUUGGUAAUUAAGAUUAAAAACUAGGCUGAGUUGGACCUUAUGAUGGCCCUACAUUUAAAGUCUUAAUGGGACCUUUUAUAUUUAUACCAGAUGAUGUGCACCAACCAGUAUUAACAUCCCUAAAAACACAGCCCAAGCAUAGCUAAAAAAUCCCCCUGCAGCUACAGCUGACACUAAAAACACAACACCUAUCUUGCUUAUGACAACCCGUGUGUCUGCUGUAUGUCACCAAAAUUGAAAACCAACUUACCAAAGAGGUUGCAAUAAUCGUUUGAUGUUACUUCAAUGCAAAUCUUUGCUCUAAAAUACAAAGUAAUUAAGUACAAGUAAUUUGUGAGUUUUUGGCCUGCUCUGUGGGUCUUACUGUAGCCACUAAACAAUAAAUAAAAAAAUAAUCAAGCAAACACAUAUGUGAGAGAUGAUACCCCAUGAACCUUAAACUGAUCACACUGGCCUGGUUGGAAAAGCAAAGCAUACCAAAGUCAUGCAGAAGAUUGAAGGACAAGAGAUGUGAAAGUCACAGUCAGUCAGCUUCUCUUUUUAAUUUAAAAAUAAAGCGGCUUUUUUUCCUCAUAAAGCAAGAGCAAUAUUCAAGUAACAUCAAAUAUCGACACAUUAAACUGUACCAUGUUACUUCCCUUCUCCCAAGCAUUUGGCCUAAAAAUCAGUUGUGGAAGCCAAAUGGCAGCAGACUAAACUUUUACAAAAUGUAUUUUUUCUUCUGUUCUGAGUUCACUGACACUUUUCCAAACCAGGAUGCUUCAAAAACAAAGAGAGCGCUUUUGUUGCAAAGUAUGAGAUAACUUUGGAUGAGUGCCUUUCUUGAACCAAAGCAAAGUCUACAUCUCUCUGAUGUGCUUUAAACGUUCUGUUCCCGUGAAAUACGAAAAACCUCAGUGUGGAUGCCACCACUGAGUGUCUUCACUGCUCUGUGGUGCUUUGCAGUGUAAUGAAAGCAAAGAAAUACAUUAAAUACCAAAGGUUUCCUGUUCUACGUACUAUUCCCUCCCUGUUCUUUGUCUUUUCCCAGAUGGGUUUCCACAGGUUGAUCUGGUUGAUGUUGUGCCUGUAUUUACUCACUGAAAGAUGUUAAUCUCAUGUUUCCUAGAAUUAACAGAGACAUUAAUGAAAAGUUUGACCGCUUGUCCUUUUGUAAAUAUGGAAAGCCAAAGAGACAUAAAAACUUUUUUUCUGCCAUUUUUCCUUGUUUUUGUUAAAAGAAAAAACAAAAUACUUAAUGCUUUAAUCAUCUACUGUCAGUUUAAUGCAUACUGAAACAGGAUGGCCAAUCAGAUUGUAUUUUGUUUAUUACAAGCGAUACUCUAAAGGCAAGAAACCUGUCUUCACAAUUAAUGCAUGUUAGUCCAACCAGGAACCAACACAAAGAUAAUACAUAGAUUUUCACCCUCCAUAGAUAUGGAAAGCCACAAAAAUAAAAACUCUUAUGUUUUACAAACAAUAUAAGAUUGCUUCAUGAAUUCCAGACUUUGCAAAUCAGUACAAAUAUUUGUUUAGAUCACAAGAUGGCAAAUCGCAUUUUUGUGAGGAUUUUGCUUGUACAGUAAAAAAAUUAACAAUUUUUCCAUAAUGUGGUAGAAAAAAAAGCCUAUGUAUUCUGUUACAAUGUUAAAAAUGUAAUUUUUUAAAACAGAUAAAAUCUUAUUAGAUUUUUCUAUGAUUAUGCUACAAAGCAGUUUCUUAGAUACCACAAAAUUCAUCACUUUCAUUGUGGCUUUAUUCAGCGGUUAAUGUACAAAAAUUAAUGUUAUGAUUAAUCACUGCUUGCUUCAAGUUUACUUACCAACUUACCAUGAUUGACGAUUCCAACUGUCAAGAUUUGACAGUGAUGAAUGAAAUGUUUGGGAUCUUGGCCAAAGACACAAACAAUUUGCAUUUUUGGUCAUUGCUUUUCUUUCUCAUUUUUAUGUAAUAUGCUAACAAACUCAUUUUCUCAAUUUUUUCCCAGUUACUUCAUGACAUCCUUGAAAUAAAUUUAAAUGUUUUUUUUUUUAACUCCUUGGCUUUCUAUGUGUACAGAAAGUCAAAAAUAGACGUUUAUAAUACAGAAAUAAAUGUUAAUUUCAAGCCACCUGGAAUUUUCACAGGGAAAUAUGGAAUAUCUGUAUGCACUGAAGCCAACGAGACAGAAAAUUUUAAGUAAAUAAAGUGAUGAGAAAAGAAAGAUUUUCAGUACAACAAAAAAUAUUUCACAAUUGUUGCAUUUGUUUUAUUAUUUGUGAAAAUAACUCCGGUGUGUAAAUCUGAUGAAAUUUUAUAGUCAUUUCACGCAGCAAAAGCUGUGCAGAUUUUCUAAUGUUGAGUCCAUUUUUGGUUUCAAUUGUAGAUCUUGUUCCUGAAAUGAAAAUUUUGCAAUCUUGAGCAAGACAGAAACCACAAUACUCAACCAGAACUGGUGGAAAAUUAGCUCUUUGUUUUCAUCUUUUCUGUUUCUUCUUCUUCUUCUCUUUUCAAAUGGUCGCAAAGCUUUAAAAAUAAAACUAAACAUGGAGACAAACUUAUGAGCGUUGUGCGCAGACCGUGCUCUCCUUACCAAACUGUUGCAGAUAUACCUCAUAGACACUAGUGUUAGGAUGAUGUUAUUAUAGCGUAUGUCAUAAAUUAUUCACUUGCUCUUCUUUCUUUUUUGGUAACUGUGACUUUAAAAUGAAACAAAUGUGGAGAAAAAGCUUUAUACAUUUUUAAUUUGUGAUUUCUUUUUUUGUGAUAGCUAAAAAGGUGCGCUAAAACCAAAAAUUAAAAAUGCUUGUCUUCGUCUAUGCUCUCUUUCUUGUUGAUGUAUUGCUGUUCUCCGUCUAUCCCAUCUGCCAAGGAUUGAGGGACACAUCAUUUUAAAUCUUAUUUUUUGGUUCUUUUAAAGGGGUUUUUGUCCCCUCGUAUGGAUAUUUUGGGGAUUGGGAACAUUGUUGGAAUGAUGUCACAAUCUACAUGUUUCAGCCCAGAAUAAUAACGGCUGCUUUCAUGUACUUCUUUUACAUUUUUAAUUUUGGUUUCUUUCCUUACCAGUGCCGUAAUGCUAGCAUCACAUUACAUAACCCAUACAGCAGUUCUAUAGCCCAGAUUUUAUGCAUGAGUAUAAUUAGCUAGCCAUGUAAUGCAUUGUGAGUCUUAUUAGUAACCAUCUUCUUGUUGUCAUCUUCUUGAUUCAUUUUCAUGACUAUAUGCUGUACACACAGACCCUUGUGUUGCAUCUCGCAUUGGCACACCUUUGACCUCCUGAUGUUUAACCUGAUAACUUGUUUCCAUUUGUAGUAUUUAAGCAUCAUAUAAUUUAGAAGCUGGCCCUUCCUGUGAUAGUUAAAGUAAAUGUGAUGCCUUUGACGUAGAAACGGUUUUGACUGAAAUCAAAAAAUAAUCAAAGUAGUAUUCCGUUUUUGUUUUGUUUUUUGCUUGGUUUGAAUACUACUGGACGUGAACUUGAAACUACUAAGCAGCAAAGCUUUAAGAAAUUGUUCAUGUAUCUCGAUCAUUUAUAAGAGGGAUGUUUAGGAGAAACUCAAGAUUUAAUUCAUUUUAAAUGCUAUUUUUGAACAACAAGAGCCAAAGAACAAAUGGACAGUUGAUCAAAUUUGAGUUAUUUCAGUAUCCAAAGGAAAAGAAAAUUUUAAGUGAUGAGAAUCUUGACACAAAUGGCCCUCCAUAACUCAAUAACUAAAAUGAAAAUUAAACAAAAGUUACUUCAGUGUUUCAGUGAAGGAAAAAAAUCACCUAAGGCUAGUGUUUUGUGAAUGUGGUCAAAGUGUUACUCUAACUUAGAGAAACUAGUCAGAAAAUGGCAUCUAUCACCUGAAAAUUAACAGUCUGAUCUUGUUUUUGGUUUUUUUGUUCCUGUUGUGUAUAUUUUUGCUUUUUCAUUUGUCUGUUGAUUAAGUGUAUAAUGUAAAUUAAUAUGCUAAAUCCUGAAUGUUAUUUUUGUGCUAUAAACCCCAGAGUUAAGUUUAAAAUUCCUAAGAAUCAGAACUUUACAAGUCCGCUAAGUUAUUAAUUUUCUAAUAACGUAUGUGUACGAAACGUUAACCUGCACAAGUGAAAUAAUGAAACCAAUGACAUAAAAUUUGUAUAUGUGCAUUUAGCUGCAUUUCUUUUGUGCAUAUAGAAAUCCAGUCAGAACCUAUGGUUUUAACAUCAGCAGCAUCAACAAAACGGGGUCAAA